UGUUUAUGUACUUGUUGCAGAAAGAUCUCUGACGGCUUUUAAAGGAGGAGGAGCUGGAUCGGAUACCAGCGUGCUGGUUGAUGCAGAUAUUGGGCAGGAAACCAGUGACUUCCUUCAUGGCUGAAAUGGCUGCUUCUCUGACUGCUCUCCUCUUCUGGACUGUGAUGGUUUUCAGCUCCUUUAUGGUUGUUUCUGCUGAUCAGGGAAUCAUCAGAGCUGAAUCUGGAGAUACCGUCAUUCUGCCAUGUAGAGCUCCUGAGAACCAAACUGUUACAGCUGCAGAGUGGAGGAGAGCUGAUCUAGAUUUUAGUGAAUAUGUUAUUCUGUACCAGAACAAGAAGGUUGAUAAAGAGGCUUCGUGUCCAUCCUUUAAGAACCGAACAGAUCUGCAGGACGUGGAGAAUGGAGACGCGUCUUUGGUUCUGCAGAAGGUGACGACUGCUGAUAGAGGAACAUAUCAGUGUUGGAUCGUUCAGGGAGGAAAUAGUCGCAGGAAGAGUUCCAUUCUGGACAUUGACCCAACCGUUAUCAUUAACCUGAUAGUCCAACCAGAUCGGAGAAUCAUCACAGCUGAACAUGGAGAGAACGUCAUUCUACCAUGUAGAGCUCCUGAGAACGAACGUGAUGGAGACGUAGAGUGGAGCAGAACUGAUCUGGAGUCAGGUCAAUAUGUUCUUAUGUACAGGAACGGGAAGGUGUACCAAGAGGUCCAGUCUCCAUCCUUUAGGAACCGGGUGGAUCUGCAGGACAUGAAGAAUGGAGACGUGUCUUUGGUUCUGAACAAAGUGACGACUGAUGAUACAGGAACAUAUGAAUGUCGAGUCGUUCAGAGAGAAAAUAGCUGCAGGAGGAGAUUCAUUCUGAACACUGACCCUCUCAGUGUCAUUAACCUGAGGGUUGAACCAGCACCGUCAUGGCCCACAGUUCUCCAGGUUCUCUUGGUUCUCGUGGUUCUGGCUCUGAUUGUUGCAGGUCUUUUAUAUCGUAAUCGGCUCUGUUUCAUGUCAGAAUACAACGUGGUGGUGGAUUCAGAGGAGGAGUCUGUCCUGCUGCCCUGCAGAACCAGACCACUCCUGCCUGGAGAUGCUAGAGUGGAGUGGAUGGACAAAGGAAAAAGGAAAGUCCAUGUGUAUGAGAACGGUUCUGAUCAUUCUAAAGAACAGGACCAGUUCUACAGAAACAGAACCAAGAUUAACAAAGACCUGCUAAGAACUGGAGACCUCAGUCUUACUCUGGAACAGCUCACAGAUGGAGACACUAACACCUACACCUGCAUCGUCUCCAGAGGGAAGAGAAACAACCUGAUCAAGAAGCAAGUUGAUCUCCAGGUCAAAGUCCCACAGGUGGAGGUGGAUUCAGGGGUGGAGUCUGUCCUGCUGCCCAUCAGAACCACAGUUACCCUGCCUGAAGAUGCUAGAGUGGAGUGGAGGGACAGAGGAGGCAGGAGGGUCCAUGUGUAUGAGAACGGUUCUGAUAAUACUAAAGAACAGAACUGGUUCUACAGAAACAGAACCAAGAUGAAUGAAGACCUGCUCAGAACUGGAGACCUCAGUCUGACUCUGGAACAUCCCACAGAUGAAGACACUGACAUUUACACCUGCAUCGUCUCCAGUGGGGAGGAAAACAUCCUGAUAAAGAAACAAGUUGAUCUGAAGGUCAAAGUCCCACAGGUGGAGGUGGAUUCAGGGGUGGAGUCUGUCCUGCUGCCCUGCAGAACCACAUAUACCCUGCCUGGAGAUGCUAGAGUGGAGUGGAGGGACAGUAGCCGCUGGAAGGUCCAUGUGUAUGAGAACGGUUCUGAUCGUCCUGAAGAACAGGACCAGUUCUACAGAAACAGAACCAAGAUGAAUGAAGACCUGCUGAGAACUGGAAACCUCAGUCUGACUCUAAAACACCUCACUGAUAGACACACUAACACUAAGAUCUACACCUGCAUCAUCUCCAGAGGGAAGAGAAACAUCCUGAUGAAGAAACAAGUUGAUCUCAAGGUCAAAGUCCAUCAGGUGGAGGUGGAGAAGGGGGCGGAGUCUGUCCUGCUGCCGUUCACAACAACACCUGAUCUGCCAGGAGAUGCUGAAGUGGAGUGGAUGGACAGAGUAGACAGGAAGGUCCAUGUGUAUGAGAACGGUUCUCAUCAGCCAGGAGAACAGAACCAGUUCUACAGAAACAGAACCAAGAUAAGAGAAGACCUGCUGAGAACUGGAGACCUCAGUCUGACUCUGAUGAAUCCCACAAUGAGAGACAGUGGAGAGUAUGAAUGUCUAGUCUGGAAGGAUGGAGAAGUACUGAGAAGGAAAAAAAUUCUUCUCACAGUCAAAGCACGGAGAGUUCAGGUCAAGAACCAACCAGAGGACAUCAGGACCAGAACCUGCUCCACUGAUCCGAUUCCUCUGAUGGCUGAUCAAUCGGUCUGAUCUGUUCGUUCAUCAGUGAUUUAUUCUUGAUCUUGGUUCUGAGAGAAGAUCUCAGUGAAGGUUCUGAUGGAUGAAGAACAGAGGACUCUUUAUCAGCUGCUGUCUCUGGGUCCAGUCUGCAGACUCUAUAUUGAUCAGGAUUAAUGAGCCUGAAGCUGGUUCUGGUAGCAGAAUCUGACCCAAAGUGAGCGUAAAACAGUCAGCAAGAACCAGAAGUUCUAACAAGGACCCACAGAACUAGGUCCACCUGAGGAGGACAGGACAGCUGGAGGUGUUUAAGGUGAAGAGAAACGAUUGAAAUUAUUAACGCUGCAGUCAGAACAGCAGCAGGUUUAACAUUAGAGCCCAGAACUCUGAUCCAGAACCAGCCUCCAGCUCCUGAGGAACAUUCUCUCCAUCAUUAUUUCUCCCCAGCUCACAUCCAGACCCAGAAAAAGUUUAAAUGGUGGAAAGGUGAAACUUUUGGUGCCUUCAGGGUUUCUGUCAGAUCCAGUUUUCCUCCAAAGUCAGGAUUGAAGUUCUGAGCUUUAGUUUAAUUCUCUAGCAGAGAGAUGGUUCUGGUCCGUCAUCAGAACCUCAUUUCUCAGCAGCAGCUCACAUCUUCUCUCAGUAUUUCUGAUGUUUAAUCCCAGGAUUUAAACUCUGAUGAAGCUUUUCUACUUCUGUUACUUUCAGCUGUUUUAGUUUAGAUUUAGCUUUAGGUCUGAUUGUUAGGACUGAGACUAUUAUUAGGAUUAAUCGUGGUGAAUCAAUUAUUUCACUAAUUGAUUCAUCACGAUUAUUCUUCUGCAGCAUUUUAUAUUUAGCUUUUAUGUAAAAUGAACUCUUUACUUUGUCUGUGUUGGCUUAGUGGUUAGAGCAGUGGGCCUGCGCUCUGAGAAGGAUGCAAGUACCCGGUUCGAUCCCCAGUGCCUGCACUCUGGGUCCCUGAGCAAGACCCU